AUGGAAAUUGCAGCUCUUAAAUGUACUUUGGGGAUUAAGAAUGUAUCGGCUUGGAAUUUAAGAAAUGAUCUUCUCAACCCGCUUCCGUCCCAAAGUCCUGAAGUACCUUUCAUAGCCGUGCUUUUGAAGAAACCGGAACCUGAUAAUAAAACGUAUGACAUAGAGUCACUCGAUCCUCCGCACGAUGAGAAAAUAUAUAAUCUAUAUCAUAUUUUAAGGACAACACAAGAAAAUGAAGAUUUAGAUGAGGAGGCUGCGCAAAAAUUGGAGAAAACCGAGAAUAUUCUCCGCCAAGCUCUACGUAAACGAUGCAAUACAUUGAAAUCUUGUAUAAAUAAAUGCCCUAAAAAGAAGUACACUUGCACAGUAACAUGUAAAGAGGCCUAUGAUAAUUACGACAUCUGCGGGAAGCCUAAAGGCUGUAAGAAACGUAACUGCCGUACCGAUUCACCCUCGUGGCUU